AUGACAUCGCUGUCCACUCCCUUACCCGUGAUACUCUGCGGCAGACGUGUCGAGGUUGGCAAGCCCGUGGCAGAUCUUCUAGCUCCCCAAUUUGAAGUGAUCCAUUUCUGCACCGGCACAGAAGCAGCCCUGACUGAGAUCCCCCGUCUCCUCCAAGGCCACAAGCCCACCUCCCCCGAUGAAACCGGCGUGGGCUCCCAGAAUUACAACCUAGUGCCCCGCGCCGUCGUCUUCGGUCGAGGAUACGAUAUCGCCGAGGUCGAACAGAUCCGCGAUGCGGCCAAGGGAUGCAAUGCGGAUCCGGUAAUUUGGGUGACGGGUGAUCCGGACCGGAAGCCUGGUCCUCAUGAUCCACCUCCAGGACCUGGGUAUGCGCAAUUUGCGGCUGAGCAGGUCAAAAAAAAGUUGACUGAGUGGCAGACGGAGGGAGGGGUGAAGGAUGGGGUUGUGCUGUGGUGA